CUUCAUCAAGCUGUCUCUGCCAAACGACAAGCUACCUGGCCCUGAUUCUCUCUUUCAUCUAAGUCUUCAAAGACUACUAAUAUUUUAAACACCAUAUUGCUCCUCGUCAUCGAACCCUUGUAAAGCACAGAAGCAGCCCAGCAUGUCGCCUCGUGAAGCCACUCAUGCUGGCUCUUGGUACUCUGGGAGCGAGCAUACCCUGACGCGUCAGUUAGACCAAUGGUUGGCUCAAGUUCCCAACGAGCUUCCAGGUAUCGGCUCCCUGCCUGUGCCCGGUGCUCGUAUUAUUAUUGCUCCACAUGCGGGCUAUGCAUACUCCGGGCCAUGCGCCGCCCAUGCUUACAAAGCCCUGGACUUGUCGAAGGCAAAGCGAAUCUUUGUGCUGGGUCCGUCUCACCAUCAUUAUCUGACCACACUUGCACUCCCCGAGCUCACAUCGUACUAUACCCCGCUCUCCGAUGACCCUCUGCCGCUCGACACCGAGCUUAUCGCCAAGCUCCUGUCAACCAAAGCUGUCAAACGCAAUGGAACGAACAUAUCUUUCACAACCAUGAAACCGUCGGUCGAUGAAGCUGAACACAGCAUUGAGCUGCAUCUGCCUUACAUUCACCGUCUCCUCCAACUCCAACACCCCGAUAAGCCGACAUCUCAGUAUCCGCCGCUAGUCCCCAUCAUGGUGGGAAGCACGACUGCAGCCACAGAGGAAGCUUUUGGAACCUUGCUCGCCCCGUAUGUAAAGGACCCUGAGAACGCAUUUGUCAUCAGUUCGGACUUCUGUCACUGGGGACUGCGAUUCCGGUACACUUAUUACGUUCCCCAAGCGCCCACGCCGGGACCGAGUCUUCCACUCUCAGCCGACUCGCUACCCCAGCCCGGCAGCACCCCAAGAGAUGUGGAAGAGACCGUGCGGAUGGUAUCAGCCGGUCAUUCCCUCCAGCGACGGGACCGUGUUCAGCGCCACGAGCCAGCUAUCCACGAAAGCAUCUCCGCUUUCGACAUUGCAACCAUGGUGGCCAUAACCACCGGACGUGCGGCAAGCUUCUUGGACGCGGUCGAGAAGACGGGAAACACCGUGUGCGGUCGCCAUCCCAUCGGUGUCAUCAUGGCUGCCCUCGAAGAGAUCACUAGUCAAGAGGAGGGUAAGAAGGGGAAGUUCCACUUUGUGCGAUAUGAGCGAAGUGCCGAUAUCACAGACGUGACCGACAGCUCGGUGAGCUAUGUCUCGGCUUUUGCGGUGCUGUAGACUGACCCCCUUAUCCCCUCACCUCCUGUGUGAGAUGACUUCUUAUUACGAAUGGCUUAGAGUAAUCCGCGAAAUUUAACUUGCGC